GCAUGGACAGUAACGCCCCGCUGAUGACGCAGUAUGACCGGAAGUGUGGGCGGAGCGCAACAGACUACUUGGCAAAAUGGCGGCGACCAUGAAGAACGUGGAUGAAAUACGGAAUCGAGUGAUCCUGGGAGAAUUCGGUGUGAAGAAUGUUCACACAUCAGAUUUCCCUGGAAACUACCCUGGCUAUGAUGAUGCCUGGGAUAUGCAUAAAUUUCAAAAGAACUUUAGAAUUGAUGUGGUGCAUCUGGAUGAGAGCAGUAUGGAGUUUGACAUGGUGGGGAUAGAUGCAGCCAUCGCCAACGCCUUCAGGAGGAUCUUAUUAGCAGAGGUGCCCACCAUGGCUAUAGAGAAGGUGUUCAUCUAUAACAACACAUCCAUCGUCCAGGAUGAAGUCCUGGCCCACAGAUUAGGCCUCAUCCCCAUCAAAGCUGACCCUCGUCUGUUUGAGUACAGAAAUACUGGUGAAGAGGCUGCAGAGGAGGAGGGUUCAGAAAUAGACACAAUUCAACUCCAGCUGAAGAUUAAAUGCAGCAGGAACCCCAGAGCCAGCAAAGACUCGUCUGACCCACGAGAGCUGUAUCUGAACCACAUGGUUUAUUCCAAAGACAUAAAGUGGGUCCCCAUUGGGAACCAGGCAGACGUGUUUGCAGACUCCAUCAUCGGGCCGGUACAUGAUGACAUCCUGAUAGCUCAGCUACGACCGGGACAGGAGCUGGACAUUAUCAUGCACUGUGUAAAAGGAAUUGGUAAGGACCAUGCUAAGUUCUCUCCGGUGGCCACAGCCAGCUACCGCCUCCUCCCAGAGAUCACCCUGAUGGAGACGGUGGAGGGUGAGAAGGCAGAACGCUUAAAACGCUGCUUCUCACGAGGUGUUAUAGAGCUGGAAGAUGUUAAUGGGAAAAAGGUUGCUAAAGUAGUAAAUAGCCGUCUGGAUACAUGCAGCAGGGAAGUCCUCCGACACGAUGACCUGAAGAAUGUGGUGAAGCUCGGAAGACUGCGAGACCAUUUCAUCUUUACCGUGGAGUCGACUGGCAUCCUCCCACCAGAAGUCCUUGUCACAGAGGCCAUCAAAGUCCUCAUGGCCAAGUGUCAGAGGUUUCUCAAUGAACUGGACUCCGACAUGAAUGAAGUGAAAUGAAAUGACUGAGCAUGCUCAGACCCCCCACAAAGGAUCUGACAUUGAAAUAGCCUAUCAGGGCUUGAAUUGACACUAUGGUGGAUUGGCUCUGUUAAAAACUCGGCUGUGCUGAUCAAACCUAUGAAUCUUCAGAUUUUGCGAAUCAGUUUUGGUCAUGGUUGGUAGACUUGCCUGUAAGUAUGUAUAUAAAGCUGUCUCUAAUGUUUUGGAUCCUAUUCUUGUUGAGGUGAGCUGAGUCCUCCUUAAAAAAACAUGCUAAGUUUAAUAAAAUCAUCACCAGUAAUAUCUA